GCGCGCGCGCUGUCACGCAGUUGGUCGCCGCUGGUGGCGCAAUGUGCUAUGUCUUCUUGUGUCUUGUCAGUUUUUCUGUCAGUAAUGUAGUGAUGGUGUUGGUGCUCAAUUUUUGCGUCAAGUAGGACCGUUUGGGCACAAGUAACCCCCUGAAGUAACAAAUAACCAUGUCCACCAAACAUAAACACGAGAAGAAGACCAACGUAAUCAACCGAACAACCAGCGAGACCCUCCGCCUUGGGGAAGUCCAGCCGGUGCCCAGCCUGCCCCAGGUCUCCCGCAAGAAGAUCCAGAACUCGUCGAGCUCGUUCCAGAUCACGGCGGUGACGAGGACCGAUGGGGACGACUCGGCGGACGACCUGGACACGGACGACAUCUCCAGAGUGACCGACAACGAGACCCCCAGCUUCUCCGAGGACUCCCGAGACACGGACGACCACCACUCGGAGCCGGCCGCCGUGGAGCCCAUGCAGGUGGACUUCAAGCCCAAGCCGGCGCCGGCGGAGCCCAUGCAAGUGGACGUCAAGCCCAAGCCGGCGACCGAAGAGCCGAUGCAGGUGGACGUCAAGCCGAAACCGCCGGAUGAGAGGUUCAAGAUUGUCAAAGUGCCGAGCACUUUGCCCCUCUCCAGGGGCCGCUGGGUCUGCGUUGACUACUUCGACGAGGCCGCCGAAACGGGGCUCAAGCCCGAACACUCCUCCACAUCACAUCCAGGCGAUGCUUAUUCAUCCCAUUUUGCGAUGCAACCGAAUUUAAACGUUGCUACGAAACCUGCCGGGACAAUGAAGGGUUUUCCUCAGGGCUUUUCUUCUACUUUGGCCAGCAAUGGUGCAGAUACCGCCAGUUUCACCGACCAGGAAAUGGCUCAAGCUCAACCUCAAGCUGCCAAUCAACCAUCCACUGGGCAAAAGGGCGAUAUUCUGUCCGAUAUUAAAGUUGCCUUAACGUCUGCGCCAGCUACCAACUCGAGGUCAGCUCCCAAUAACAACAACAUUGAUAGGAAGAUCGAAGAAGCUUUGGACGCCGUGAAGACACAUUUGAUGCUGGCGGUGCAUAAGGAGGUCGAUUUUUUGAAGACUCGGGUUAGUACACUGGAGGGGCGCGUCAACGAGCUAGAAAUUGAAAAUUCGAUUUUAAGAGUUAACUACCUAUUGUUUAAGUCUUAAAGGAGGUAUUUUGCGUUUGCAUGAUCUCAUUUUCAAUUGUUAUUCCUGUUUAAAGGAUACAUUUUACUGUUAAUUUGUACCUCGACAAUACUUGGAUUUCAUGUAUAGGUGAAUCAUCGAUGUUCAGUGCGAUCGUUUGAUGUUUUUAGGAGUGAUCGCAUUGAAAUGUUUCAGAAUUUUUAUCGUACUUUGUAUUUUUUUAUCCAUCUUCCUGGCAUCGGCUAGGAGUUCACUGCUUGAGACAAAUCAACAUUUCCUUGCACAUCAUUAUUUACCGUUCAUGCUGUGCCAGUAAGAUGGACUCGAACUUCUGUCCAAAAGUGAAACAAGGAAUGAAUUUAAAAGGGGUGAUAUGGAAUGUGAUGUUAUGUUAGAUUUUUUAACGUAGAUGGGUAUGACAAUACCGGUGGACUGGUUUUUGUGUAACUGCAUGAAAUGGUUUCUAACUUGAUAAAAGGGGUGUGCGUAUAUAAAGCUUUAUGGUAGAGUAUACCAAUAAUGGCUGUGCUAGGAAUUUAGAAUACUCUCAAGAGUAAGUCAAACCUACUUUAUUUCGGAAAUUUUCUAUUUUAACAGUAUUACAACCCUCAACAUUUUAUGUAUCCACCGUGAAAGCACCAUUUAGGCGCUAAUGGCUCUUUCACUACAAUUUUUCCUAACAGGGACACCUCUCAUUUGACAUAUUAGUGAGAUUUUUUGUUAUUUUUCAUAUUGAUUUUAUUUUAUUCGUUAUGUACGUUAACGCAGAUGCUCGGUCAUCUUUUGUGCCAUAUUCUUUCAUCAGCAAUCGAAAAGAAUGACCAUUUUUUAUUUGUGUUCUCUUUAAUAAAUACUUUAAAAUGUA